AUGCUGCAGACGGUCUUCUGCCUGGUAGCGUUGCUCGUCGCUGUUCGGGCACUGGUAGUGCACAACCGUCUCUCGAGGAAUUCGAAGGGUCUACCUCUACCUCCCGGCCCCAAGUCAUAUCCUAUUCUUGGCAAUCUGUUUGAUAUACCAACUACAGCGGCCUGGAAACAAUUCGCGCAGUGGAGAGCCAACUAUGGAGAUAUCAUCUACUUCCAUGUGUUGGGCAGAGAAGCCGUUGUCUUGAACUCGGCUGCUGCUGCUCACGACUUACUUGACAAGAGAAGCGCUAUCUACUCGCAUCGCACGCCCAUGGUUAUGGCGAAUGAAGUCAUUGGCUGGAAAUGGUCUCUGCCUUCGAUGGACUACGGCGAGAAAUUCAAGCGACACAGGCGAUAUCUCCAGCAAUACUUCGGCAAGCAGAAUCUACCCAAGUACUACGACGUAGAAGUCAAAGAGGUGUACAAACUUCUCAAUGACAUCUUGGAUAGUCCGGGCGAUUAUGCUGCGCAUAUCAAGAGAUUGGCAGGUGGAGUGACCAUGAAUAUCACGUAUGGACACGAAGUACAAUCAUUCGAUGAUCCCUUCAUUCGCAUAGCAGAGAAGGGUGUCUUGACAAUCGAAGCCACUGGAGCCGUAGGCGCGCAUAUCGUCGACUUCCUCCCAUGGUUGCGACACAUCCCCGAUUGGUUCCCUGGCGCAGGAAUCAAGCGCCUUCCUCCGGGAACGAGAGAAGACCUCCACGACUUCGUUCAUAAGCCGUUUGACCAUGUGAAACAACAGAUGAUCAAUGGAACAGCGUCUGGUUGUUAUACGACAGAGCUGCUCGAAGAAACGAACGGACUAGAUGAGGAGGGCGUUCGAAGCACAGCUGCCAUAACCUACUCGGCUGGUUUUGACACGACCUUGUCCGCACUGAUGACAGCGAUCAUUGCGCUUGUCACCAACCCCGUAAUUCAAGCCCGAGCGCAGGCAGAGAUGGACUUGGUUCUUGGAAAGGAACGUCUUCCGACCUUUGCUGACCGCAGCAAGAUGCCUUAUAUGCAAUGCAUCAUGAGCGAAGCAUUCCGCUGGGGCGUGGUCACUCCAGUUGGUGUACCUCAUCGGUUGUGUCAAGACGACCACUACAAUGGAUACUACUUGCCGGCAGGCUGUAUGAUCAUAGCUAACGCGUGGGCCAUGCUUCACGACUCUCGAGUCUAUCCGGACCCGGAAGUGUUCAAUCCCGAUCGUUUCUUGAGCGGAGAAGGGCGCACCCCACAGCCCGAUCCGAGAGGGCCCGCCUUCGGCUUCGGCAGACGCGUUUGCCCGGGCAAGGAUCUCGCAGAGAACCACGUAUGGAUCACGAUCGCGUCUCUUUUCUACGCGUUCAAGAUCACGCCUGCGCUUGACGAGCGGGGCCAGGAAAUACCUAUAGAUCUCGAGUACUCCGAACACAGUAUCAGACACCCUCGGCCAUUCAAGUGUACGAUCAAGCCCAGGCGCCACAAUUCGGUCGCCCUCAUACGCCAGAUGUCCGACAUAUGA